GACCUUUGUUGGAAACAAUUUUCUCUAUCCAAAUCACUAUUUGGAUUCUUCAUAGGAGUUACCAUUAGGGAAAAAAAUCGAAAUUACACCUGUAUGAAUAAUUUUUGGAGCCACUGUACAUACUUAAUAAUAUAUUCUUAAAUAAAAUCAUGUUUUUUGUUUUUGAAGACUUAAAAUUCGACAAAAUAUUGCUGCUACACAUAUUCUAAUGGGUCAAUAUGCUGAGGCAGCUCAAGCUUAUGAACUAACAAUGCAAGAGAAACCAAAUUAUCGUAGUGGUUUUAAUCUUCUUCUAUGCUAUCAUACAAUAGGUCAACGUGAUAAAACACGACAAGCAUUUAAUGAUUUACUUAAAAUACCAUUUUCAAGUUCGGAAGAUGAUUAUCCAGUAUCUGCACGUAAAGAAGAUCGACAAGCAAUUCUUGUUUCUGAAGCUAUACGAGAUGAUCAACUCACACAAAUGGAACGAAAACGGUAUAGUAAAAGAAGAUAA